UUGAAAACGUUCUCAUAAUAUAAUACCUAAUAAGCAAAUAAAACAAAUCAACUAUAAAUUGCUUUCAUCCACAAAAUUACUGCAGCAGUUUUUUUUUUUUUUAUACUUCAUAAAAAAAGAGCACAAAUAGUAAAUAACUUGAAAAAGCAAAAAACAAAGGGAAAUUUUUAUAAAAAUCUUAAAUUCUUCUCUAUCGUCAUAAUAAUCAUUUCGUAUGUGAAGUGAACGCUUCAAAUAAUUCAACAUUUCUACAUACAUAAGUUUAUCUACAAUUGCAAAGGAAAGCAAGGAAAAGCAAACAAGCAAAUGAAAUAAUAGCGUCUUUAACCAUGGAGUUUUGCAAUGCUUGAACGUUUCCGUUUAAGUAAUUUAAGUCAUUAUCGUUUCCGAUCUACAGAACUGGCUCGAGAUAAGAAGCAGAGACAACAAUGUGUCACUGUAUUAUUUCUAGAUGACACCACGCACACGUUUCGUAUAGAGAAACGUGCUAAAGGCGUUGAUUUGCUUGAGCAAGUGUAUCAGUUUCUUGAAUUAUCCGAAAGAGAUUAUUUCGGCUUACUCUUUCCCUCAAAGCCCGGCGAUGUUGUAAGAUGGGUUGACGCUCAAAAACUGUUUAAAAAGCAAUGUAAUAAUAUUGCUUUGGACAAUGACUCCGUUCCAUUAUUAGAAUUUAGAGUUAAGUUUUAUGUAAGUGAUCCCAGUCGUUUGCAGGAAGAAUAUACACGCUAUCAAUUUUAUUUACAAAUUAAACGUAACAUAUUUUUGGGCAAACUGCCAUGUUCAAAUAAUACACAAUGCCUAUUGGCUAGUUACACUGUCCAGUCUGAGCUUGGAGACUUUAAUCCGCAUGAACAUCAAAUGGGUUAUUUGAGUAACAUGCAAUUAUUGGCGGAUCAGACUGUAGAGGCAGAACGUAAAAUAUCAGAAUUGCAUAAAUUGCAUCGUGGCCAACUGCCAGCGGACGCUGAAUAUAAUUAUUUGGAACACGCCAAAAGACUUGAUUUAUAUGGCAUCGAUUUGCAUAAAGCUAUUGACUCAAACAGCAAAGAAUUGCAAUUGGGCGUCUCGGCGAUAGGACUCUUAGUAUUUCAAAACUCUCUGCGCGUUAAUACAUUUUCAUGGUCCAAGAUGGUAAAGGUUUCAUUCAAACGAAAAGACUUUUUCAUACAAUUACGCCGGGAACCGUCCGAAAAUUAUGAUACUUUGCUUGGCUUUAGCAUGACCUCGCAUAAGCAUGCGAAAGCCUUAUGGAAAUCUUGUGUUGAACAUCAUUCAUUCUUUCGCCUCAAAAGGCCGCAUCGGCUAUCGCGUUUUCUAAAUUUAACUUUGGGGUCUAAAUUCUAUUAUUCUGGUCGCACGGAAUUGCAAGCUGUUCAAGAGUCUAAACAACGUGGCAAAAUACAUAAGGUAUUCAUACGUUCGCCCAGUAAACGAUUAGCUGCAGUGGGGCCGAUAGGCGCUGCCUUACCUUUAGCUAACGGUGGCAGUGGCUCGGAUAGUAAUGGCAGUGUAACGCAUAAUGGCAAAGCUCCGUCCGCUUUAGCAGCUCAUACGUCCAUUUUGACUAUAACCAAGACAAGCCGUCCUCAUGACAAUAAAGUUACGUCCAAACAAACUGAUUCAAUGCCACGAAAAGCCUGGGAACAACAAAGUGAUGAAUACGACAUACAACUUUUUGAGUCUCCAGUGCCACCUGCUUAUAGUACCGGUUCACAUAGUCCAAACAGUGGCCAGCCAUUAGGAGCAGCGAUUACUACUUACAUAAACGGUUGUAGCACAGCAGCGGAGAGUGGUAAUGAUUUAGUUACUAUUCGUUUAUUGGCUGACGAGCAAGGCCGAUUUGGCUUUAACGUGAAGGGUGGUAUUGAUUUAGGUUUACCCGUUCAAGUAUCAAAAGUUGUGCCGAACACUCCAGCAGAUCGCUGCAUACCACGUGUACGUGAAGGCGAUGAAGUCGUAUUAAUUAAUGGCCGUGAAGUACAGGGUUUGAAACAUGAUCAGGUUGUCACGAUGAUUCGAGAAUGUCGUAACAUUCGGAAUGGGGAGCUUUUACUAACGAUGAGACCUUUUCCACUCGCUCCAGUUCUCAGCGAAGAAGAGGAACCGUUAUAUCAAUAUGUACCCGAAAACGAUGAGAUUUGUUCACAUUCCAACCUCUUAGAUGGUGAUGCGUUAUUCACACAAAGUCUAUUGCUUCUAAGUGACGGUCUGGCCUCUGGCGCUUUAUUGGCUCAAUACGAAUUGAUGUAUAGGAAGAAUCCAGAUUUGGCCAUUACGGAAGCUCGCAAACCCGAGAAUGUUGCCAAAAAUCGCUAUCGUGAUAUAUCGCCCUACGAUUGUACUCGGGUAACUUUGGUUAACUCCUCAACCGGUGAUUACAUCAACGCCAACUAUGUUAAUAUGGAAAUACCAGGAGGUAUUAUAAAUCGUUAUAUAGCUACUCAAGGACCCUUAGCUAACACUACAAACGAUUUUUGGCGUAUGGUCCAACAGGAAAGUAGCCAUUUAGUAGUUAUGUUAACUACCGUCAUGGAAGCGGGCCGUCAAAAGUGCCAUCAAUAUUGGCCUUUGACGGGUGAUGAACUGCAGUUGGGCGAGGGUUUCUCUGUCAGAUGUCUCAGUGAAAAACCCGAUGAAACUGGUUCUUUUGUUUUCCGUGAAUUCUUGUUGUGCGACAAACGGUCGGGUGAACAACGUCAUAUUCAACAUAUGCAAUAUUUAGCAUGGCCUGAUCAUUGUGUACCUUCUGAUCCAAAUCUGUUUUUGGAAUUUGUUGAACGCGUUAGAAUGGCCAGAAAUCGUACACUAUUGCAGGAAAUUGAAGAGAGUCUUAAACAAGUCCGUUUGCUAGAUGCCGAUGCCGAUGAAAACGGUGGUCUAAUGGGUGAACGUAAAUGCGCUGCCAGUAACGGUGCUACACCCGAAGAUGAAACACCGGUAUCGACAAGUGUUCAUCAUGCUGCCAAUCCUCCUGUGAUAGUCCAUUGUUCGGCUGGCAUUGGCCGUACAGGUGUUUUGAUUCUGAUGGAUACUGCCUUGGCUUUGAUGGAAUCCCGCGAAGCAGUCUAUCCAUUGGAUAUAGUAAGAACUAUGCGUGAUCAACGUGCUUGUAUGGUGCAAAAUGUGAGCCAAUACCGCUUCGUGUGCGAGUGUAUCUGUGCCGCAUAUAUGAAAAUGUCACGUAAUAGUGCUUUGUUAGCGCAAGAGGAAGACUAAUCAACAUUAUAUAUAUAAAAUAUAUCGAAAUUAAAUUCUAAACCUAAAUAAUGCACGUGCCUCACUCCCAAUUCUCGUUCACACUUACAUUGACACGUUUACCACAUUCAAAUUCAAUAAAGCCCUUCAAAUAUAGAACGUAACAAAUAGAACCGAUAUAAACAUAUGCAUACAUACAUAUACAAAGAACAAAAGAAAUCGCAUGAAGGAAAAUAACAUAUAUA